AUGAUGAUGUCAACUGACGAGCUGAUGCACAGCGCGGCGAUGGGAAGCGGCGCGCUGUUCGGCUGCUCGUCCGCCGGCCACAGCGGCAUCAACCAGCUCGGCGGGGUCUACGUCAACGGCCGACCGCUGCCCGAUUCCACGCGGCAGAAGAUAGUCGAGCUGGCGCAUUCAGGCGCGCGCCCCUGCGAUAUCAGUCGCAUCUUGCAGGUCUCCAACGGAUGCGUCUCCAAGAUACUCGGCAGAUAUUACGAGACGGGGUCGAUAAAGCCCCGUGCUAUCGGGGGGUCUAAGCCGCGGGUGGCGACGACGCCGGUGGUGCAGAAGAUCGCCGACUACAAGCGAGAGUGCCCCUCGAUCUUCGCCUGGGAGAUCAGAGAUCGCCUACUCAGCGAGAACGUGUGCAAUAACGACAACAUACCAAGCGUGUCAUCAAUAAACCGAGUGUUACGGAACCUCGCGUCGCAGAAGGAGCAAGCUGCGUCCGCGCAGAACGACAGCGUGUACGAGAAACUAAGGAUGUUCAACGGACAGGCGGCGAGCGGCUGGUGGUACCCUGGGCUUCCGGCGCCCGCGCCUGCGAUACCCCCGCCACUUCCACCGCAGCUCAACAGGACCACCGAGGAACAUAAACGAGUGGAACCACUACAAUCCGAAGCGGGUUCUGACGGCAACAGCGAGCACGCGUCCUCCGGCGACGAGGAUUCGCAAAUGCGUCUGCGGUUGAAGCGCAAACUGCAGCGUAACCGGACUUCAUUUACCAACGACCAGAUAGACAGCUUGGAGAAAGAAUUCGAAAGAACGCAUUAUCCUGACGUGUUCGCGCGGGAGAGGCUCGCUGAAAAGAUCGGAUUGCCUGAGGCACGUAUCCAGGUGUGGUUUUCGAACCGUCGUGCGAAGUGGCGGCGGGAGGAGAAGCUUCGCAGCCAGCGGCGAGAGGCGCCGGCCGCAUCUCCGCCCGCGCCGCCCGCACCCCGCCUGCCUCUCAAUGGGGGGUUCAACUCUAUGUACAGCCCCAUACCACAACCCAUCGCCACCAUGAGCGACACCUACAGUUCGAUGUCGGGCGGACUGUCCUCGUCGUGCCUGCAGCAGCGCGAUGGCGGCUACCCGUACAUGUUCGGUGACGUGCUCGGCGGCGGGUACUCGCGCGCGCCCGCCGCGCACCAGCAGCACGCCGGCUACUCGCAGCCGCAGCCCGCCGCUAGCACAGGUGUGAUAUCGGCGGGCGUGAGCGUUCCCGUACAGAUUCCAUCUCAAGGGCCGGACCUCGCAUCGAACUAUUGGGGACGACUUCAGUGAUCUCAGCUAUUCGGGUUCCCGCAUCGACUGCUCUCGAUGGCCGAGAACCCGACCAACAUACCGGAGUCUCCAUCUAGCGGAGAGAUAGCGCACAACUACGCCGACUCCCACUUGUCUAUGACCGCCGCUGUCAACAUGACGGCCGGACACGACGCCGGAGACUUGCAGCACGAACAAAACUCCGUGUCGUAAGUGUUUCAGACUCUACUACGUUAUUACACGUAAUAUUAAACCCAGUGAUUUAUUUUCUCUCAACGUUUAAAUGGUGCAAGUUAUUAUAAUUUGUAUAAUAGGUUUUAAAUCUAUGAAAAUACCAGUUAUUUGUAAGAAGCAACUGAUGAUGUUCAAACGUAGCAUUAAGUGUCAUGAAAUCAUGUGCAAGGAAACAUGUUGCGUAAAUACAUAUUAGAUUAAUACGUUUCUGAUAAUUAUUUGCUUACAAAAAUGUAAAUAAAACGUUCAGCUGCGUAUUUCCUUGUGUAUGGUUAAUAGAUUUAAAAUACUAUAGCGUUUGUAAAUAUAGCAACGCGCCAUCUAUUGUUGAGUAGGAAAAGUUUCCUUAGCAAUGUCCGACGUCUCCGGAGAGAAAAUAAAUGUAAAUCGUUUGUGCCAACUUUUGUAAAGAGUGUUAUACACCCUUAGCGAGAACAACCCUUUUAUUUCUUUGAUCUAUGCAAUCGGGGUGAGAAAUAUUAAUGCUACAGAGGAAAACGUGGCAAUAAGCUUCGUUACGGUGAUUUGUUGGGUGACAUCGCGUCCCUACGAACUGUCAGUCUGUAUGUAUUCUUGUAUAAUAUUGUACUAAUUGAUGUUGUAUUUGCAAUUCUAUUAUGGCACAUAUUA